GGGGAAAAAAAAAAAAAAAAUCCCAUUCAGACUAUAAUAAAUUUCUACCAGAGGGAAACUUGUAUCUGGACAAAACCUGAACAAAACUUACACCACUGGAUUAAACUUGGAAAACUGCUGCCUAAAAGUUACUUUUUUUUUUUGUUUUAGUGUCUUUAGACUUUUUUUCCCUAGUUCUUAACUAAACACUGAUCUAAACUUUUAGUACUUCUAAAAAAAUGAGGAUUAUUUUGAUUUUCAUGAGUUAUAGUUUUGCUUUGGCAUCAGGGUACAGAAAAAGUACAGAAAAUCUGGGAAAGAGACAAUAUCAGAUCCAGAAUGGCCCUUGUAGCUAUACAUUUCUAUUACCCGAGAUGGACAACUGCAGGACAUCUUCAUAUCCUUAUGCAACUAAUGCAGUGCAACGAGAUGACCCAGCUGAACAUGAUGAAUCAGUGCAGAGACUGGAACUUCUCGAAGAUAUCAUGGAAAACAACACACAGUGGCUCUUAAAGCUGGAAAGCUACAUUCAAGACAACAUGAAGCAUGAUAUGGUACAAAUUCAACAGAAUGCAGUGCACAACCACACAGCAGCCAUGAUUGAAUUUGGAACCAACCUGUUAAGUCAAACAGCAGAGCAGACCCGCAAAUUAACAAGUGUGGAGGCUCAGGUAAUAAAUCAAACUACAAGACUUGAACUUCAACUACUACAAAAUUCCCUUUCAACAAACAAACUAGAAAAACAAAUUCUAGUACAAACAAAUGAAAUAACUAGACUUCAUGAUAAGAACAGUUUUCUAGAAAAGAGAGUUUUAGAAAUAGAAGACCAGCGUCUAGCUGAACUGAAGACCUUGAAAGACGAAAAGGACCAGAUCAAGCAACUUGUGCUGCGACAAAACUCAAUCAUUGAAGAGCUGGAGCAGCAGCUGGUCACAGCAACAUCAAACAACUCUGUAUUGCAGAAACAGCAGCAUGACCUGAUGGAAACUGUUAAUAAUCUUAUCGCAAUUAUAUCCCCUCCUAACCUGAAAACGUCAGUCAUGGCUACAGAAACUCAAACCCGUUAUAAAGACUGUGCACAACUAUACAAAUCUGGACAGACAAGAAGUGGUGUCUAUGCACUGACUCUCCCCAACACAACAGAGCAAAUAAAGGCAUACUGUGAUAUGGACUCCAGUGGAGGUGGCUGGACAGUAAUACAGCGUCGUAUAGAUGGGCAUGUAGAUUUUCACAGAACUUGGAAAGAAUACAAAAUGGGGUUUGGUGACUCUGCUGGGGAAUACUGGCUGGGAAAUGAAUUUGUUACCCAGCUAACCAAUCAGCAACCACAUGCUCUGAGGAUUCAACUAAAAGACUGGGAAGGCAAUGAGGGAUAUUCACUCUAUGACCAUUUUUAUCUCAACAAUGAAGCACAGAACUACAGGAUACACCUUAAAGGCUACAGUGGAACAGCAGGCAAAAUCAGUAGCCUUGGCCAGCCAGGAAAUGAUUUCAGUACAAAGGAUGCAGACAAUGACAAAUGUAUUUGCAAAUGUUCGGAACUGACCACAGGAGGCUGGUGGUUUGAUGCCUGUGGGCCUUCAAACUUAAAUGGAAUGUACUAUCAAUUGGGACAGAACACAAACAGAUUCAACGGAAUGAAAUGGUACUACUGGAAAGGCUCAGGCUAUUCAUUAAAAGCAACUACUAUGAUGAUCAGGCCUGCAAACUUCUGAAAGGGCAUCUGUUCAAAGAGUUUUCUGUCUAAUAUACAAGAUAUGACUAGUAUUUUAACAUAAAAAAAAUCUGUGUCUUAUAUCUGUUUGUUUAUAGAAAAUACUCAGUACCACCAGAAGAUGGGAAUAUUUCAAUUUUUGGCGUACUCUGAACGAGUAGGUCUGUGUACUUUAACUAUAAAAGCUGAAAAAAGACUUUGUUGGGUGUAAUUUUAUACAUUUCAUUUUUAAAUUGUUAUUUAUAGAUAACUGGAACGGUGAGAGACAAUUUAACAAAAGUAUGCCCUUUUGCGUAACAGCCUGCUGAUCACGGCUCAUCAGGAAAUCACGUGUCAAUAACUGUUUAGUUCCAAAACUUAUUUUUUAAACAUCUAGUGUUCAAAUUCAAGAAGUAAAACAAUUUUGUAAGUGUCUGCUUGUUCUGUUCUUAACAAAGAAAACUGUGGUUAAAUAUAUUUUGGUCAUAAAAAGUAAAGGGAAUUGUUUUGUAAAA